AUGACGGAGAAGUUGAAAGUCAUCUAUGACAUUGACAUGCUAUUUACGGUUUACAGUCAUGUAUGCGUUUUGAUGGCCAAGGGCCAAGGGCCAAGGGCCAAGGGCCAAGGGCCAAGGGCCAAGGGCCAAGGGCCAAGGGCCAAGGGCCAAGGGCCAAGGGCCAAGGGCCAAGGGCCAAGGGCCAAGGGCCAAGGGCCAAGGGCCAAGGGCCAGGGCAAGGGCAAGGGCCAAGGGCCAAGGGCCAAGGGCCAGGGCCAAGGGCGCAAGGGCCAAGGGCAAGGCCAAGGGCCAAGGGCCAAGGGCAGGGCAAGGCCAAGGGCCAAGGGCCAAGGGCCAAGGGCCAAGGGCCAAGGGCCAAGGGCAAGGGCCAAGGCCAAGGGCAAGGGCCAAGGGCAAGGGCCAAGGGGCAAGGGGCAAGGGCAAGGGGCCAAGGGGCAAGGGCAAGGGGCAAGGGGCAAGGGCAAGGGGCAAGGGGCAAGGGGCAAGGGGCAAGGGGGCAAGGGGCAAGGGGCAAGGGGCAAGGGGCAAGGGGCAGGGGCAAGGUUUACAACCAAGCGCCGCCAAUACAACAAGCACCACAGUACAACCAAGCCCGCCCAAAUACACCAAGCACCACCGUACAACCAAGCGCCGCCAAAUACAAACCAAAGCUCGCGUUCACAACCACAGCGCCGCCAAAUACAAGCCAAGCCCACCGCACCCAAGCGCCCAACAACCAACCACAACAACAACCACAACCACAACCAACCACAACCACAAGCACCAACCCAACACAACACCACAACAACCCACCACCAAACCACAAACCAACCACGACCACCUACCAACAACCACACCACAACCACAACCACAACCACAACCAACCACACAAACCACCAACCAACAACCACCACACACCAUCCAACCACAACCAACCACAACUACAACCACAACGAACCACAACCAACCACAACCACAACCACAACCAAACCAACCAACCAACCAACCACAACCACAACCAACCACAACCAACCACAGCCAACCACAACCAACGAACCGCAACCAACCACAACCAUCCGCAACCAACCAAGCUUGUAG